UUGCGAUGCUCAGAUGGUGAAACCAACAAAAUUACAGCUAAAGAUGGGUUUUCAAUUCCAAACAAACUUCUCUUCAUUACUUUGUGGAGCUAUCUUUUAUCUUGCUCAAACACAGACAGUCUUUGAUGGAAAUUCCAAUUUCUUUGCUUAGAAAGUGAAUAAGAGCAAACUGGCAAAGACCCACUUCGCAUUUUUUGCAGAAACCAAAAGGGUAUGAAGAAAAAUUUAAUUUCUUAUCAUAGUUUGGGUGCAUUUCCUAGCCCAGGAGCAGGGAAUUAUCAAGAAAAAGGAUGGAGUUCAGAGAGAGUACCACGUCCGUCGGGAAGCAGCAGAAGGCAUAUAAGUGCUCUGACGCCUUUUUACAGUGGAAGAACAAUGCCUUCAAAAUGGGAAGACGCAGAGAGAUGGAUUUCUAGUCCAGUUCUAGGCUAUGGUGUUACUAAAUACACACAGUGUCAGCCUCAAAGAAGACCCAAGUCUAAAAGUGGGCCUAUUGUGCCUAUUGUGCCUCCUGGGAUUGCUUACUACUCUAAUUCUUCGCCUUCAGUGCAGGGUCUUGAUGCUGCUUCUGUUAGAAAUUUUAUAGCAAAUUCUCCUUUUUCUACUGGAGUCUUGAUGCCUAAAGGACUUGGUGUUAAUUAUAAUGGGGGUGGUGGAAUUGGUGGGCAAGCUUUUGUGAGUCGUUCUGUUAGUGGUCCUGGUUGGUCAGAUUUGGCGAGUGAAUGCUCAUCGCCCACUUCUCAAGAUGAGAAACUUGAGAACAUAAAUGAUGAUGAUAACACGGUAAAUCGUGUCGUUUCAAGAAGGGAUAUGGCAACACAAAUGAGUCCUGAGGGUAGUACCUGCUCAUCUCCUAGAGCAAGGUCCUCCUCUCCUUCCUCUAUCCCUGCUUUAGAACAAAGUGACCUUUCUGCUAAAUUGGACAUCAGAGAAGUGCAGGUAGACAAAAGAGCCACCCUGAUUAGCAGGACCAGAAGGCAUGGUUCUUCCAUAACUAAAAAAGGAUUGCCAGAUGUUCAGGACAGUAAUCAAAAUCCAAUAGACCCUCGCAUUUCAUCUUGGGAUGUUUCAGAAGCAUCAUCAGAAUUUUCCAAGUUGCAGAGGGAGGAAGCCAAAAUCAUAGCAUGGGAGAACUUGCAGAAGGCAAAAGCAGAGGCAGCAAUACGAAAACUUGAGAUGAAACUGGAAAAGAAGAGAUCAUUAUCGAUGGACAAGAUUUUGAACAAACUACGAAAGGCUCAGAUCAGAGCGCAGGAAAUGAGAAAUACAGUGUCAGCCGCAGAGGAACAUCAAUUAUCCAAGAUAUCCCACAAGAUUUCUUUCUUUCAUAGGCAUGCAAGGUUGAGUUUCUUGAGCAGUUGCUUUACUUGCCAUGCUUCCUAAUUUUUCCUCGUUUUUCCUUCUGGUUUAUCCUUUGUGCAAGCUCCCUCUCAUCCGUAUAAUUUUUCUCAGUUCAAAAUUUUGCACAUUCCUGCUGUUUUUAGGCCUCGGUUCUUUCCUUUUUCAACUGAUGAAUUUUGUACCAUUAUUUGAUAUUUUACUGAAUGGAUCACCUUGUAAAUCAUGAAACUAAGUAAUUUGCACAAAGUAUAUAAAGCAUCCUUCUAGAUUAGUCUGCAA